UAAACCAUUGUCAAGCGAUUUUGCAUUUAAAUUACAGUUUCCUAUUCGAACAUAUCAAGUCGUUGUCUAUCGAAGCCAGUAUCGAACCCCUCUUUCUCGCUCUCGUGGUAUCGCCCGAUCCCUCUGUGUCAGUUUCAAGUUGCGCCUUCUGCUGUGUGUGUGUGUGUUUGUGUGGCUGUUCUGGCCCGGACUGUGUUACACAAAACCAAAUCUAACACCGUGGAUUCUGCGCGCUGGGCGGAUUCACACACGAAUAUGGACUUGUUAACGUUGCUUCCCUGUGGAUUGUAAGCGCGCAGGGCUCGGAGGGUGAGGAUGCUUGAGGCGGGCACUUAAAAGUUGACCGUCAUAGACCAUAGAGAAAGGAAGAGAGGCUGGAUCCAGAGAGCCCUAUCUGGGGCCUUCACAGCCCUGUGUGAGCCUGGACCAUGGGGGAUGGAGGAGCUGGUGCUGCUGGAGGAGAUGGAGUGAACCAGUCUCACGUCCUGUUUGACACCUUCGUCCAGGCUUCCACUUGUAAAGGAACGCUCAAGGCCUUCCAGGAGCUGUGUGAUCACCUGGACGUGAAGCCCAGUGAUUACCGAGUCUUUUAUCACAAGCUCAAGUCCAAACUUAACUACUGGAAGGCCAAAGCUCUAUGGGCCAAGUUGGACAAGAGAGCCAGCCAGAAGGAGUACAAGAAGGGCCGUGCCUGUGCCAACGCUAAGUGUCUCAUCAUCGGUGCGGGUCCAUGUGGCUUGCGCACAGCCAUCGAGCUCGGUUUCCUGGGAGCCAAAGUGGUACUGUUGGAGAAGAGAGAUGCUUUCUCCAGGAACAAUGUGCUGCAUCUCUGGCCCUUCACCAUCCAGGAUCUCAGGGGCCUUGGGGCCAAGAAGUUCUACGGAAAGUUCUGCGCUGGUGCUAUUGAUCAUAUCAGUAUUCGUCAGCUCCAGCUCAUGCUGCUCAAAGUGGCUCUCCUCCUUGGAAUUGAAAUCCACGUCAACGUAGAAUUCAAGGGUCUGAUCGAGCCGCCGGACGAGCAGGACAAUGAAAGGAUUGGCUGGAGGGCUGAGGUCCACCCCAGGACGCACCCUGUCAAUGAGCUGGAGUUUGAUGUCAUCAUUGGAGCCGACGGACGAAGGAACACACUACCAGGGUUUAAGCGAAAGGAGUUCCGUGGCAAACUUGCCAUUGCCAUCACAGCAAACUUCAUCAACAGGAACACGACAGCGGAGGCCAAGGUGGAAGAGAUCAGCGGCGUGGCCUUCAUCUUCAACCAGAAGUUCUUUCAAGACCUCAGAGAAGCGACAGGUAUUGACCUGGAAAACAUUGUCUACUACAAGGAUGACACGCACUAUUUUGUGAUGACGGCCAAAAAGCAGAGUCUGCUGGAGAAAGGAGUCAUUCUGCAUGACUAUGCUGACACCGAAAUGCUGCUAUCGAGAGCUAACGUGGACCAGAUGGCGCUGUUGUCUUACGCCAGAGAAGCUGCGGAUUUCUCCACCAACCACCAGCUGCCCUCCCUGGACUUCGCCAUCAACCACUACGGUCAGCCUGAUGUGGCCAUGUUUGACUUCACCUGCAUGUACGCGUCCGAAAACGCCGCCAUGGUGCGCCAGCGCAACGGCCACAAGUUGCUGGUGGCGCUCGUGGGAGACAGCUUGUUGGAGCCUUUCUGGCCCAUGGGCACUGGCAUCGCUCGAGGUUUCCUGGCAGCCAUGGACUCUGCUUGGAUGGUGAAGAGCUGGGCGCAAGGAAAAACCCCUCUGGAGGUGCUGGCUGAGAGGGAAAGUAUUUAUCGUCUCCUUCCCCAGACUACGCCCGAAAACGUCAGCAAGAACUUCAGUCACUACAGUGUGGAUCCAACUACACGCUACCCCAACAUCAGCCUUAACUUCCUCAAACCGAGCCAGGUGCGCCACCUGGUCGACACGGGGGAGUCGAGGGAAGUGCGCAUUGAAAUCGAGAAUGUCAUCAACGCAUCCACACCAAAGCUGGCCAGGAAUGAAUCCAUAGCCCGGUCCAGUAAACUGCUCAACUGGUGCCAGCGUCAAACAGAGGGCUACAGGAACGUAAAUGUCAGAGACCUGACCAUGUCUUGGAAGAGUGGGCUGGCCCUUUGUGCACUCAUCCACAGAUACAGACCUGAUCUCAUUGACUUUGACUCGCUGGACGAGCGAGACCAGGAGAGGAACAACCAGUUGGGCUUCGACGUGGCAGAGAGAGAAUUUGGCAUCUCCCCCUGCAUGACUGGCAAGGAGAUGUCUUCUGUGGUGGAGCCUGACAAACUCUCCAUGGUCAUGUACCUCAGCCAGUUCUACGAGAUGUUUAAGGACACAGUACCACCUGGCGAUAACCACAAUUUGAGUCCCGAGGAGAAGGCAGCACUGAUAGCCAGCACCAAAUCGCCCAUCUCCUUCCUCAGUAAGCUUGGUCAGAGUAUUGCCAUUUCCAGGAAGCGCAAUCCCAAGGACAAGAAAGAGAAGGAUGUGGACAGUUUGGGGAAGAGGAGGAAAACCAGCCAAUCUGAAGAAGAGGAGCUGUCCAGGGUCGGCCGUGAAGACCGUAACACUGUCCCAGCACUUUUGACGGACAAAAAGAUGGACUCGGCCAAUGCGGGAAACCACAACAAGGUCAAGGUCAUGGCGACCCAGCUGCUUGCCAAAUUCGAAGAGAACGCUCCGGCUCAGCACACAGGCCUCAAAAGACAGGGGGAAUCUUUGCCCAAUCUGGACCGCCUUUUGACCCCUGCUCUACCCCCUGCCCCAGUGAAUGAGCCACUGCGGCUGGCCCCUGUCCCGGCUUGGAGAAAGAGACGAACGCAGCAGCAGGAGCAGCUGAGCAUUCGCUAUAAAGAGCAGCUCAAGUGUCAAACGCUGCCCAACAGAGGGGAGCAGGCCAGAAGUGUUGCGGAGCAAGUGUCGAGCUCGGCCUCUCGGAGCUGCCCAAAGAAAACCAUUCUUCUCCCCUCUUCCUCUUCCACUUCCUCGCUCCCUCGUCACUCAGAGGAUGCGGCGUGCGCUCCUGCAGAAGAGGAACUUGAGUACUAUGAGAUGCCUGUGGAGUAUGGGGACUGGCAGCCGAUGCAGCUGACAGAUCCGGGACCCAUUCACAUCCCUGGAAUUCAGGAAAGGGCAGAUCGCCUCAUCUCCAAAUUUAAGGGCAAACCGAACAAGCCCCCAAAGCCCAAGAAAAAGCCGUCCCGUUUCUUUUUAGAGCAGUGGUACAUGUCCCGAGGCAUCGCCGACUCCCCUGGCUCCUCACAGGACCGAAAGAAGCCGGCCAACUCUGUGCAGUCGGACGAGCCGCUGCCCCUGUAUGUUCUUAGUAUUCAGGAGAGGGCUGAGCAACUUGCUUCUCAAAUUGAGGGCAAGUCGGUCGGACCACAGAAAAAGCCCUCUCGCUUCUUUAUGGAUCAGUGGCACCUGGCCAGAGCCCAAAGCUCCCUUGACUCCCCGCUGUCCUCUUCUUCUCACGCUGUGAGACAGCAGUAUAUAAGGAUGUACACAGGGGGAGUUAGCUCAUUGGCUGAGCAGAUAGCCAAUCAGCUGCAGGCUCAGGAAGAGCCAAAGCCUCUACUCGAUAAAAAGGAUUCGGGCUCGCUCAGAAAAGAGUUCCCAGUCAACAUCGGCGGCAGCGACGUGUGCUUCUUCUGUCAAAAGCGGGUGUAUGUGAUGGAGCGACUGAGUGCAGAGGGCAAGUUCUUCCACCGCAGCUGCUUCAAGUGUGACUACUGCGGCACCACCCUGCGACUCUCAUCCUACGCCUUCGAUGUGGAAGGAGGGAAGUUUUACUGUAAGCCCCAUUACUGCUACCGCUUGUCCGGCUAUGCUCAGAGGAAGAGACCUGCUCCUGAACCGGCUCCAGUCCCUGUGAAGGAGAAGCAGUCUCCUCAGUCACCUAUAAUGUCCGUGGACACGCCAGGAAGACCUACGGCGCCUACAACCCCCACAGCAGAACUCAGGCCCUCAGUGCCAGACGUCAAUGGGAUCCAAGAGCCGUGUCUCGCGAAGCGACUGCGUGGAACUCCAGAGCGUAUCGAACUGGAGAACUACCGAUUGUCCCUGCAGAAGGAGGAGGAGCUGGAAGAGGUGCCUGAGGAGACGCUGGCUGAGCAUAACCUCAGCAGUGUUCUGGAUAAGGGCACGGAAGAAGACCUCGGCUCCAGUAGCUCGGAGUCAGAUAUGGAGGAAGAGGACGAGCCAGAGGAGCAGGAGCAGGACGACAUGGAGCGGCAACCUAGAAGCCCUUCAGAUCUAGGCGGCGUACCUUGGAAGGAAGCUGUGGAGCUGCACGCCAGACUGAGGGGUGAACAAAGCGACGACGAGGGCCUGGCAGACGCAGUCAGCAGAGACGGUGAACUGGACGAAGAAGAGGAGGACGAAGACGAUGAGGAGGAGGAAGAAGAUGAAGAGGACGAAUCCAGUGACGAGGGUGAUUACUGCCCUUGGGACAGAGAGCUCCAGUCAGGCCUUUGGCUUGAGAAGUUCUUGACUGAUGAAGAGGAUGUUGGUACCUUUAAAGCCCGGAACCUGCCGAUCCGACAAGCGCUGCAGCCUCUCGACCCGCAGGCCCUUCCAGGUCUGACCAGAGAACGUCUGGACUCUGAGACAGACAAGAGCGGCCAGCAGGCCUUAGACUCCCAAGUUUCCCAGCCCUUUGACCUCACACAGCCCCCCUCCACAGCCUCCGCCCGCGCAUCAGCCCGACACGAAGCGGUGCGAGUCUGGUUGGAGUCAAUGUCUGGAGAGGCGUGUGAGGAUGAGGAGCUGGAAGCAGAAGCAGAAGGCCCAGAUGUCGAGCCUGGAACAGAAAUGGAUCAGGAUGACAUUCCAUCUGAUGCCGAAGCUGAAGCACGUCUGCAGCAGUCCGUGCUCGUGGAAGUUCUGCCCGAGGAAGAAAAAGAGUCUGAAAGUUUAGAUCUUGCUUCAAGUGUCGAUCCUUCUAGUGUCGGCCUGGAGCCGGAGGACGAGGAGGUUCUGGCUUCUGCUGAGCCUGAAGCAAAGGCGCCUUAUUCCUCGCCUCCUUAUCUGGUGAAACCUCCUGGUGGCCAUUUCUUCUCAGAACCGGUGCUUUCUGAUGAACCAAAGCCCGAGAGAAAACCGCUGUCUCCACUUGCCAAGAGUCCUCUGUGCCCUUCACCAGUUCCUUCGUCCCCCUCUUCUAAUCCCUUUGUCAAAGCACCUUCUCCUACAACUGGAUCACCGGCUAAAUCCCCGAUCGCAUCAACGAUCCAGCCAGUGUCGGCUUCGCCCGUCAUCUGUCCUGCAAAGUCUCCGAUUAUUUCACCUAUCUGCUCGCAACCCACUCCUCUUCCAGAGACCUGCACGCCCAAAUCUCCUGUGUACCCCAAUCGCUCCAUUUGUCCUUUGACUGGCAACCCUCUCUCCCCAAUCUGUGCUCAGCCUUUAACAUGCCGAGAACCCUCUUCACCACUCACCUCAGACUCCCCUGUCCGGAAUCCUCCGGUCCCUGGUGUUACAUCAACACCCCUGUCCAAAAUGGACAAGGGGGGCAGUGACCCCUCGCUGGACUCCACAUCUGAGGAGACCAAAAAGUCUGAUAUUAUCGAGGAGUUUUGGUUAAAAAGUGCGGAGAUCAGAAAGAGCCUUGGUCUGACUCCUUUGGAACGUAGUAGUAAAAUCUUGGAGAAAAGCAUUGAUAAAACUCCAACUCAGGAUCCCACCCCGCCCAUGAAGCCCUCCCCUAUGGCGCCGGAGGAGCAGAAGCCUGUGUUUACUGGCCGAGCUGUGAUCCGAAGGCUCAACAUCACCCUGGAGGGUCAAGUCAUUACUCCUAUUGCUCCCGUAGAGAGUAAGAGUAAUGGUCCAGAUAAGAGGGAGCUCAGCAGCAGCUCUGGUUUGGGUUUGAACGGCAGCAUGGUCCACAGCCAGACUGCGAACAGCAAGAGCUACAACACCUCUGACUCUGCCAUGCUCACUCCCCCUUCCAGCCCACCGCCACCCGUGCCUUCCAACCAGUCUCCCGCCGUGCUGCGGCAGCAGAGACACCAGGUGCCCUGGACCAACGGGAUUGAGGAACCAUGCAAGGAAGCCAAAGAACCAACAAAACCUAAAACACCGAUACCUUCUCCCAGGACACAGCUGAGCCCGAUGUCACCGCCCAAACCUGCACCCAGGAAAAUCUCCUCACCGCAUCUCGAAACGCCUCCCGCUGUAGUCAUGAGGGAGAAAAAGAAGCAGCCCCGACCGGAAGUGGUGAGGAAGUCCUUCGUGGAGACUGUCGAAGAGAUUCCGUUUGCAGAUGAUGUGGAGGAGAGCUACGACGAGCGGACACCGGAAACCAGCAUAAACAAGUACUAUACUCCUCCGACUAGCAAGCCUAAGAAGGAUAAACCUCCUUUUCAUUUGGCCUUAGCAAUGGAGAAUGGCAAACCCAACAUCCCUGACGGCACGGUUGCUAAAAACCCGCGAGCUACUCAGUUUUCUCCAGAGGCAAAAGAAAUCGCAGAGGAGAGAAUGAGGGCCAGAGAGAAGUCCAUCAAGAGUCAGGCUCUGAAAGACGCUAUGGCCAGGCAGCUCUCUAAAAUGAAAGAAGCCGAGUCCGACAAGGGGGCUCCACCUAAAGUGGCCUUGAGUGAACUCCCUGAGGUGUCUGGGAAGAGCAAGAACUCAGCAAGAUCUCCAAAGACGUCUGCUGUAAAAGCUUUGGAGUCAAAGAAGGAGACUUUACCCGAGCGCUUCUUCAGCAGCAACAAGAGUCUGGACAGCUCUGUGGCUUCUUCAGACGGCUCCUCCUCAAGCAAGAGUAAGAAACGCAGUUCACUCUUCUCACCUCGGAAGAAUAAAAAGGAGAAAAAGGCCAAGAACGACAGCAGCAGGCAGUCGGGCACUGAAGAGACUCCACCCAAACACAAGUCUUUGUGGAAGGCCGUUUUCUCAGGGUACAAGAAGGACAAGAAAAAGAAGGAGGACAAGUCUUGUCCCAGCACUCCUUCCUCCAGCUCCACCACUCAGGAUUCUGGAAAGAAGAGAUUGUCACCUCUUGGAAAGUCUUCGGACUUGAGGUCGCGCCGAAACCUGAGCUUUUCUGAGGAUUCAGACUUGUCAUGUGAUGAUGUUCUGGAGAGAUCGUCCCAGAAGUCAAAGGCAGAUCUGCACACGGACAUCUUUGACCUAGUGUCAGGAAUGCAGAAGGAAGCGAUUAAAGAGGAGAAGCUGGAUAAGGACAGGAAGAGAGAAUUCAAGGAAAGAAAGCGCGUGAAAGAGAGGCGCAAAGAGAGGGCACAAGAAAAUGAGGUUGAACGAGAUAAGGAUAAAGACGAGGAGGAGUCUGUGUAUGUCCCUCACGCACUGGCGUUCAAGAGAUCGUACGCCUCCAAGAAAACGUACACGGAAGAGGAGCUGAACGCCAAGCUGACUCGGAAGGUCCAGAAAGCUGCACGACGGCAAGCCAAGCAGGAGGAGCUUAAGAGGCUGCACCGAGCUCAGAUUAUCCAGAGACAGUUGGAGCAGGUGGAGGAGAAGCAGAGGCAGCUAGAGGAAAGAGGAGUCGCAGUGGAGAAGGCACUGAGAGGAGAAGCAGGAUUGUAUAAAGGUACUUAUACGUUACCCAAACAGCACAAAAGAAGAUCAGACUAUUGGGGAGAUUCUAAUUACAGUGAAAUCCUGGACUUGCAUCUGGGCGUCCUACGCACCCUUUCCAAUUGUCUUAUGGAAGUUGAGUCCUAUGUGGGGAUGCAGCGUCGAAGAACUCUGCCCCUCUGCCUCUGCUGUUCCCCUGAAGGCAUGGGAAAGAAGGAUGAUCCCAAACUCAUGCAGGAGUGGUUCAAGCUGGUGCAGGAGAAGAACGCCCUGGUGCGCUACGAGUCGGAGCUCAUGAUAUUUGCCAGAGAGCUGGAGCUGGAGGACCGGCAGAGCCGCCUGCAGCAGGAACUCAGGGAGCGGAUGGCUGUCGAAGACAACCUGAAAACGGAGAAGGAGCUGGCGCAGGAGAAGCAGAUUCUCAACGAGAUGCUGGAGGUGGUGGAGCAGCGCGACGCCCUGGUGGCCCUGCUGGAGGAGCAGAGGCUGCGGGAGAAAGAGGAGGACAAGGACCUGGAGGCCGUCAUGCUCUCCAAGGGCUUCAACCUCAACUGGGCCUAAACACUCCUCUCUUGAAAGUGAAAUGAUCACACCUGCGGCGGUGAAUGUGUAAUGAAGCGACACCUCUCACGCUCACACUUUUGUGCUUGUGGUUGACACUUUAGCAGCGUUUACAUAUCCUAGGUCUACACAACCGUCUGGUGGGUGGCUGCCUGGCAGCGGAACCCUCAACCACACCGGUGGGAGAAUGUUCAAAGACUCCAUAAAGGGAAUUAUGCAGUUUGGUCCUACUGAUGUAAAGGAAACGUAGAGAGUUAGUCGUGCGUAGACACGUUUCUCGACUGCUCCAUCUGUUCACUGUUGAAGCUUUUGUUUUUAUGACCCACGGAGAUGUUUUCUCCUCCCAGUUCUGUGUGAGCCAGGACGACAAGCGCAUUUACGAUUGCCAUGUUGAUAGUUAUAUAUUGUUUUGCAUUCACAGGACAGUGCCCAGAAACUCUUGAACUUGUGUGUCACAAACUUGCACCCGCGAGCAUGUUAGGGAUCAAACCCGCCGGCUGGUUGCUCCACUGGACGUCUCACUGGACGGGACAGUAGCGGUUUCACUGUAAAUCCUCACUGACUUGCGCGUUCACACUCCUGUGGUGUUUGUGUAGUUACCUGCUUCAGUUAAAACCAGCAUCUCUUCAGGACGACACAAUGACCGGUAUUCAAACUACUCAGUAACUUUUGAGUUAUGCAGGGUCACGACAGGUAGUGGCAACAGUCGGUGCCACAAUAUCAAUAAGAUGCCUUUUUCAUUUUCAACUUCCAACACUAUAUAUCUCGUCAUGCUCUUCUUUUCUACGGCUGGUCCCCAAGUUCCUCUCUGCGGAAUUGUACCUUGAGCUCACACCGCGUGCAGUGCGUUCCUGUCCGUGUUGGAUGGUUGCAAGAAUCCAACUGAAACUCUAGAAAGUAUAUUUAUGAUUUUUGCUCUGAGCUGUGAAUUAAAACCGAGUUUAGUCAUCAGAGUUGUUGUGCUAGAUGGUGUGUGUGAUGACAUGGUUGUGUUGUUGAUAUUUAUUAACAUGUGCAAACUGUAUAAUAUGUACAGAAAAAUGGAAAUCCUAAUUUUUAAAAUGUUUCAUGACACAUGACCUGUUAUGUAAAUGCUUUAUGUAGCUACGAGGCUUAGGGGUGUUGGAUGUAUAUGCUGAUGACAGCAAUAAAGCAAUGCAGUUCUUAAGUCACGCGCUCCAGGUGUUU